GUGAAAAGCAAAACAAACUUCCGAUCGAGAUUUAUCUUUUAAUUUACGUAAAAAGGAACAAAAAUGCUACCUCAACAGUGCAUUAGACUUAUUAAACACUCUUUUACGAAUAUAAGAAUCGCAAGAUGUUAUUCUACCUCGCCGGAAACUGUUGGAAAACAGCAUCAGAACGUAGAUCAGAGGGAGGUGGAUAAUUUAUCUCGACAGUCUGAGGAAUGGUGGGAUCCGAAUGGACCAAUCCGUGGAUUGCACGCUAUGAAUGCACUGCGGGUGCCGCUGAUCCGGGAUGGACUUAUCGCCACCGGUGUGGUCGGUAGAGAUCGAAUCCAGAAACCAAAAGUUCUCGAAAACGUUAACAUCCUAGAGGUCGGUUGCGGUGGAGGGAUUUUAUCUGAGAAGCUGGCCCGGUUGCAUGCCAAUGUCGUCGGUAUCGACCCCAGCGAAAAGCUGAUUUCCGUUGCCAGCGAACAUGCCAAAGAAAGCAGGGAUUUGAUUCAAGAUCACAUCCAGUACCACGUGGAAACUAUCGAGGCCCACGCGUCCAAGAAUCCGGAACGAUACGAUGCAGUAGUGGCCUCGGAAGUGUUGGAGCAUGUCGGGGACAAAGUGGCGUUCAUAGAACAGUGUGUGAGCGCUCUGAAACCUGGAGGAUCCAUCUUCAUCACCACGCUAAACAAAACCCCGGCAUCUUGGCUGGGUGCGAUCGUGGGGGCAGAAUACAUCUUCAAAUUAGUCCCCGAGGAAACGCACGAUUGGGACAAAUUCAUUUCGCCACUGGAACUACAAAGAAUAUUGUCCUGUUACAGCUGCAAAACCAUCCUGCUGCACGGAAUGUUCUACCAGUUUUGGGCAAAUCAGUGGUGUUGGACCAAAAACACCGAAAUCAAUUACGCUAUUCAGGCCGUGAAAAUGGUCGAAUCGUAAACACAGAACAGUGUAUUACAGUUUUCUAAGUCAAAGAAAUAAAGCUAGAU